AUGGCUGCGGACUUCAGGUUAAGGUGUUUGGUGCUGUUUCUUUGCACCACUUUACUGUGUUUCUGUGUCGCUCAAGACAAAGACAAGGCCAAGAAGAAGAAGGACAUCAGAGACUACAAUGACGCGGACAUGGCUCGGCUUUUGGAGCAGUGGGAGGAGGACGAUGACAUAGAGGAGGGGGACCUGCCCGAGCACAAGCGUUCUCCUCCUCCCAUCGACUUCUCCAAAGUGGACGCGUCGAAGCCCGAAGACCUGCUUAAGAUGUCGAAGAAGGGGCGCACUCUGAUGGUGUUCGCCACAGUAUCUGGAGACCCAGACGAGAAGGAGACGGAGCAGAUCACCGGGCUGUGGCAGGGCAGCCUGUUCAACGCCAACUAUGACAUCCAGAGGUUUGUGGUGGGGUCCAACCGUGUUAUCUUCAUGCUGCGUGACGGCAGUGUGGCCUGGGAGGUCAAAGACUUCCUGGUGUCGCAGGAUCGGUGCGCAGAGGUCACAGUGGAGGGACAGGUGUUCCCGGGGAAAGCUGCCAAACCAGACCAGAACAAGAAGCAGAACCAAGCCAACCCCAAGAAGAAAAACAAGAAGAGCGAGAAGAAGCCAGACUUGGGCGGAAACACGGCCAGUAAGAAGGUGGAAUUGUGA